ACGGUUGAGAGAUAACCUUGGAGUGACAAACAUACAGCGUAAAGAUGUGUCUUUACGUAACAUCUUGAAAAGAGGGAACAGAAGAGUUACCAACAGUUGUGAGAGAGAAGUGAAACAAGAAACUUUGUGAGGUAAAUCAGAUAGUUCGGGUGUGAAUACUCCGGAAGGAACGGCGACACACUCCAACCAAGGCGGGGAGAGACGGAGUCGAGGGGCGAUUGAGUGGUAGUCUGAGCGGAGGAGAGCUAGCUACCCGACACCGAGCGAAACGACGUGCUUAACGGAACAAGUCGGAGAGAGAAAACCUGGCGGAAGAGAAAGAAAUGGAAAUGAUUGAAGAUACUGAACACUUGAAAGAGAAAGGCGGCGUGAGAAAAUGAUAUGAACGCGGAGAUUCCCUAAUAGCUCACCCAGCCGGAGGAGUUAAUUGAGAGCAGGGCUUUUGGAGAGCGUUAGAAACAUUAAUUCAUUACACAAAGACGAUCUUCUGUUCGAUGAGUACGGUUCUGGGAUGUCAUGAAAUGAGGCUCAGGAAUGGAAGGGUUUUAACGGCACUCUCUCUUGGUGCUUUUCUUUCAGUGUCAUGGUUCGCUUCUUGGCUGAAUAUGAAAGAUGAUGUGGAUGAUGUCACUCUGUGCCAACAAGUACUUCUAGAGGUUGAUAACAGAUUGCACAAAGCUGAGAAAGAAAGUUCAAUUUACUCCCAGGAACUGAAGAGUCUCUUGGAUGAGAUUAAACAUGCGGUGGCUGUGACAACAAAGGCAACGAGUAAUAACACAACCAUGGCCCUAUCUGACUUCUCAGAUCCAAAGACGGUAAAAGAAUUGAACUCUGCAGGAAUCCUUCCAGUUCAGCUCCAAAACAUUUUCUAUUACCUUCCUCAUCUGAUGUCUAAUGAGGACAGCCUUCAACCAAAGUUAUUGAUAGGUCAGGGAAGAACUGGAGUCUCAAUGGUAAUGGGCAUACCUACAGUAAAGAGAGAAUCGCAGACUUACCUCACGGAUACGUUGAACUCCCUUAUCUAUGAGCUCUCUCCUGACGAAAAGAAAGAUUGUGUAAUUGUUGUUCUCAUUGCAGAGGUGAAUGAAAGUUAUGUAAAUGGGCUAGCAGAAAAUUUACAAAAUAUGUACUCUAAAGAAAUACAGUCAGGACUUCUGGAGAUCAUAUCCCCUUCGGCAAAUUUUUAUCCGAACCUCUUAGAUCUGAAGGAAACCUUUGGAGAUUCACAAACUAGAGUAAGGUGGAGAACAAAACAGAACUUGGACUACAGCUUUUUAAUGAUGUAUGCUCAAGCCAAAGGAGUGUUUUAUUUACAGUUAGAGGACGAUAUCGUAGCAACACCCAACUAUUUUCAAACAAUUCUGAAUUUUGCUCAUCAUCAGCCUUCUGAUGAAUGGAUGAUCUUGGAGUUUUCCCAGCUUGGAUUUAUUGGAAAAUUGUUCAAGUCUCCUGACCUGCCCUUAAUCACAGAGUUCAUUAUCAUGUUCUACAAAGACAAGCCUAUAGACUGGUUACUUGACCAUAUAUUGUGGGUGAAAGUUUGCAAUCCUGAGAAAGAUGAAAAACAUUGCGAAAGACAGAAAGCUAAUUUGCGAAUUCGCUAUAGACCUUCCCUUUUUCAACAUAUGGGAACACAUUCUUCUUUGUCUGGAAAAAUACAGAAUCUGAAGGAUAAGGAUUUUAAGAAACAAUUAUUACUUAAGAGGCAUUCAAAUCCUACUGCAGAAUUAACAACCAGCUUGAAAAUCUACCAACAUCAUAGUCUGGAGAAGGCCUACAAAGGAGAAGAUUUCUUCUGGACAUAUACUCCAGUGGCAGGGGACUUCAUCAAAUUUAAGUUCUACCAGCCACUGAAAGUUGAAAGAUACCUUUUUAGAAGUGGCAACAUAGAGCACCCAGGUGAUAAACUUGUUAAUACAACAGUGGAGGUUCUACCAGCUAAUGGAACUGAUUUUAAGAAGAAAUCUCAGUACAACAGUAGCACAACAUACUCCAAAUACAAAGAAACAGAUGAUGGCUAUUAUAGGAUAGAUGCAUUUCGUAAUGGAGUUGCAGAAGGUGAAGUCAAUGGAUCAAUUGGAAAAAUUGAAGCUAUUCGAUUAUUCAUUCUUUCAGACUCCUCUUUUUGGGUUUUACUGAAUGAGAUUUUCAUUGAUGCAACUACAUAAAUGGAAGGAACUACACGUAGUUAUACUUUCGUAAAGUUUGUGUGGUGGAUUUCUUCAACAAUUGCGCCAUCUAGUGUCGGAACAUUAAAAGAACACUCGAGUGAAAAAUCAACCAGUGAGACCAAAAAAACACCUAACAGUGAGAAUAAUGUAGCUAUGCAAAUUUUGAAAUUAUCUUUGACCAAAUUAAUUGAAAUUUAUUUAUUAAACAAUGUUAUUGCUAUUUUAUCAAG